CAGGUACAGUUAGGAUUAUUGUUGGCUCCACCCUUGCUGUCUUUCUAUGUGCCUCUGCAUGUUUGAUUUUGUUGUAUCUGAAAAGAAAACGCAAAUUGCGGACACCAACUGUAAAGUUUACAAAUAAAGCAUGCGAAGAAAAAAGCAAUAUUGGUGAUACAAACGAUCUGAAGAAAAACGCUAAUUACAUCAACAACACUUCGGAAAUUUGUUCUCGGACAAUAGCCAAGUCCGACCAUGACGAUAUUUAUGUUGAAAAUGCUGAAGGCGAGUACGACAUCUUACACAGUUCUCGUCAGAAAAAGUCCUCUGAUGACAAUCCUCAGUAUGACAGCACGAUAGGAUGGGAGAAUGUCUAUUCUUCUACAACACAGAAUAAUGCAAACCAUGGAAAUUGGGAUGAAAGUGAUUACAACACUAUGAAUGGCACACAGGAAAGGAAUUUGUCUGCAUGCCCAAACAAAAUUUACUAGAUUUAACUAUAGUGAAAAUUGUGAUAUUUUGAAUUACUAUUAACCUUACUCUGGAACUUUUUUUCAGAUUUCAAGCAUUUAAACUCCUACAUGUAAAUUUAAUGUACAUGAAACAGUGGUGUAAAAUUUAGAUAUAAAACAUAUGUAAUACUUCUAAUUAAUACAAAAAAAAUGUGCAUGCAGGAAUUUUAGAAAAUAAAAUAAAACAAUUUGAAACCUAUAGUAAAAAUACUUUGAUCAAUG